GUUUGUCGCGGCACUGCUUCCGCAAGGCCACCAUGCCCUCCGGAAGUUAGUUUGUUGUAGUCGGAUACUGGAAUGAGUGAAAGGUGUCCACAUACUGUUUAUAAACAAACCGUGCAUGGUGGCGAAGGGCAAAUAAAUAUAAACAAGAGACACUAGAAUAUAUUCGCGAACUAUUUACAAUAUACCCAAACCCCGUUUUUUAAACUGUUCACUCCGCUGGAGCCAGACGGAAAGCGAGGCGGGAGGAUAUGGAGCCCUCGCCGGCAAAAGGGAAACCACAGGGUCGGCUGCUGGUAUCCACGACCCUGGACGCAAAAGAUGAGCUGGAGGAGCGGUUGGAGAGGUGUGUAGGCAUCGUCACCACCCUCAUUAACGGUCUUUCAGAGCGCGAGGCUAAUGAUGCCCUCACAGCACACGUGUGUAAAGGCUCCCAGCAGCAUGAGGAGGUGUGUCUGGGGCUCUUCUCAUUGCUGUUAACAGAGCCCACGCAGGCACAGCGGUGCUACAGGGACCUGACCCUGGUGAACCGGGACGGGAUGAACGUGAUCCUGAUUAAGAUCAACCAGAUCCUCAUGGAGAAAUUCCUCAAGCUGCAGGAUGUCUGUCGCACACAGUUGGUGUGGCUGGUGCGGGAGCUGGUGAAGAACGGGGUGAUUGGGGCCGAUGGGGUCUUGAUGACCCUCAUGAAGCAGAUAGCAGGAGGGGACAUCUCCAGCAAGAACCUGUGGCUGGCAGAGAACGUGCUGGAAAUCGUGGUGGAUCAGAGGGAGUGGGUGCUGAAGAGCGGGAUGCUGAUCGCCAUGUCCGUGUACACGUACCUGCGGCUCAUUGUGGAUCACCACGGCUCCCCUCAGCUCCUGGUGCUGAGGCAGAAGGAGGUGGACUUCUGCAUCGGCCUGCUGAGAGAGAAGUUCAUGGACUGCUUCAUCAUUGGGAGGGACCUGGUGCGGCUGCUGCAGUAUGUGGCCAGGAUCCCAGAGAUGGACCUGCUGUGGAGGGACCUCCUGCACAACCCCCAGACCCUCAGCCCUCAGUUCACUGGUGUGCUGCAGCUGCUGACCUCCCGCACCUCCCGCAAGUUCCUGGCGUGUCGCCUCACCCCGGACAUGGAGACCAAGCUGCUCUUCAUGACCUCUCGGGUGCGCUUUGGGCAGCAGAAGCGGUACCAGGACUGGUUUCAGAGGCAGUACCUGUCAACGGCAGACAGCCAAUCGCUGCGCUGCGACCUGAUCCGCUACAUCUGUGGGGUGGUUCACCCCUCCAACGAAGUGCUGAGCUCUGACAUCCUGCCCCGCUGGGCCAUCAUUGGCUGGCUGCUCACCACCUGCACCUCCAAUGUUGCAGCCUCCAAUGCCAAACUGGCUCUUUUCUACGACUGGUUGUUUUUCAGUCCAGAGAAGGAUAGCAUCAUGAACAUAGAGCCUGCGAUCCUGGUGAUGCAUCACUCCAUGAAACCCCACCCUGCCAUUACUGCCACCCUGCUGGACUUCAUGUGCAGGAUAAUCCCUCACUUCUACCCUCCCUUAGAGGGGAACGUGCGGCAGGGCGUCUUCAACUCUCUCACCUUCAUCAUGGAGAAGAGAGUUCUAGCUCACCUGGCUCCCCUUUUUGAUAACCCAAAACUGGACCGGGAGCUGCGGUCCAUGCUGAGGGACCGCUUCCCAGAAUUCUGCAGCUCCCCCUCUCCUCCAGUCGAGGGUGAGAAAGUUAAAAUGGAGGAGUCUGCUUCCUUGGAAAUGGACAAUCAUGUUCUGGACAAGGAAGAUGGUUGCUAUGACAAUACGGAGGCAGCGUUCAGUGAUGAUGAAGAGGAACUGAACAGCAAGGGCAAGAAGCGCGAGUUCAGGUUCCACCCUAUCAAAGAAGCGUAUAUUGAGGAGCCUGCUGAUAUCACACCCUUUGUGGACCAAUUGGAUGACACGUUAAAGGAGAAGAUGUUGCAGCUGCAGAAGGAGAGCGAUACUGAGAUGCAGUGUGAGGUGAUGCAGGAUAUAGUGGACCUAAUUUUGGAGGAGGACUUUGACGCGGAGCAGAUGUCCUCUCUGGCCUCCUGUCUGGCGGAGCUGUUUAAGGGUCACUUCCGGAGCGACGUGCUGCCCGACGAGAUCACAGAAGAGUCCCUGGAGGAGUCCGUGAGCAAGCCCGUGUGCCUGAUCUUCAGGAACCUGUGUCAGAUGCAGGAGGACAACAGCGGCUUCUCCGUGCUGCUGGACAUGCUGGCCGAGCUGUACCAGAAACAGCCCAAGAUCGGCUACCACCUGCUGUACUACCUCAAAGCCAGCAAAGCGGCGAUGGGGAAGAUGAGCCUGUACGAGGCCUUCGCUCAGGCCACGGCGCUGGGCGACCUGCACACCUGCCUGAUGAUGGACAUGAAGGCCUGCCAGGAGGACGACGUCCGGCUGCUCUGCUACCUCACCCCCUCCAUCUACUCAGAGUUUCCAGACGAGACUCUUCGUAGCGGCGAGCUGCUCAACAUGAUAGUGGCUGUAAUUGACUCAACACAGCUGCAGGAGCUGAUGUGCCACGUGAUGAUGGGGAACCUGGUCAUGUUUCGGAAAGACUCUGUUCUGAAUAUCCUCAUUCAGUCUCUGGACUGGGAGACGUUUGAGCAGUACAGCACCUGGCAGCUGUUCCUGGCCCACAGCAUCCCCCUGGAGACAAUCAUUCCCAUCCUGCAGCACUUAAAAUACAAGGAACACCCUGAGGCCCUGUCCUGUCUACUCCUGCAGCUCCGCAAAGAAAAGCCCACGGAGGAGAUGGUGAAGAUGGUGCUGAGCCGGCCCUGCCACCCGGAGGACCAGUUCACCACCAGCAUCCUGCGCCACUGGGCGGCCAAGCACGACGACGUGCUGGGGGAGCACAUCAAGGCCCUGCUCAUCAAGAACAACAACCUGCCGCGCAAGCGCCAGAGUCUGCGAAGCUCCAGCAGUAAGCUGGCUCAGCUGACCUUAGAGCAGAUCCUGGAGCACAUGGACAACCUGCGGCUGAACCUCAUCAACACCAAGCACAACUUCUUCACCCAGACGCCCAUCCUGCAGGCGCUGCAGCAUGUCCAGGCCAGCUGUGAUGAAGCGCACAAGAUGAGGUUCAGUGAACUUUUCUCAUUGGCUGAGGAGUAUGAGGACUCUACUAAGCCCCCGAAGUCACGGCGCAAAGCCGCAGCGACCAGCGUGCGAGCCCGGAAGGGCGCGGCCCCGCCCGCCAGCAACGAGGAAGAGAGCGCGUCCAGCAGCGCUUCGGAAGAGGAAGACUCCAAGCCAAAAGCCCCGAAACGAAAGAGGAAAGGCUCGUCUGCUGUGGGUUCUGACAGCGACUGAGACACGCCUACUGACUCUGCCCAUUAUUGUGAUGUCAUUGGGGAGACGCCCACUGCCUUACUUUGCUCCUCCAAUGCUGAGCAGCCCCUGCCCAAAAAAACAGUCCCACUGCCAGGGGGAGGGUACCUACUUGCAACCACUGUCAAGAAGCUUGGUGUGGAGACAAGCCCCUCCCCCCACCUCACUGCUCAUUGGCUGUUUAAAGUGAGUGUGGCUUGGGAGGUAAGGCAGGCAUUGGGACAAAUAGAUAUGUUUAAAAGCUUCUGUCACUGUGGCUGAGACAGACUGGAUUGACAGACUCAAGAGAUCCUGCAUUGCAGACAGGAAUGCACGACUUCUGAGGAUGAAAUUGAAGUGCCCCCCUCCCCCAAUGCCAGCUUCUCACACACAGGAGUGUGUGACACUGUACACUGAGGUCUGCUGUUACUCUUCCGUUACCCUGGGGGUACGGCUUUGACUUUUGAGACCCCUUCUGUUUUUCGAGCCAUGACUCAACAAGACCUCCCACCCCUUUGAGUCUUCUCAAACAACUCUUAACUGAAACAAUGGACUAAUUAUCCGUACCUUGAAAACUAAGGUUGCUGUUGAUGACAAAGAAGACUAAUGCAGUACUUCAAGUGAUGCACAAUGCUUGUGUUCAUAGGCUCACAGCUGUUUUCUGUUGUGGAGAAUACAGGUUUCACUGGGCUGGGAAACGAGUUUGGUAAAAUAGACCUUCCCUUGAAAUUCUCCAUAUAUAUCCAAACCCUGCCAACACCAUCCUAUACUCUGACAAAUGGGUAUAGAAGCUGCUUGCUACACCCCAUGCAUGGUGUUGACAUUCACCCUCCUCUUGUCUAGUUUACUGCCGUGGAUGUCUGAACUGUGAACUGUAGAGAGACCUCUGCAUGGUGACCAGUCUGAUAACUUUACUGUACAUGGGGAACAUGCAAGGAUCAGCAGAAAAGGACUCAAGUGUCCAAAACACAACAACCCACGUGACUUUUUUUAAUCACCUGUUUCAAUUGACUUAUUUUCAUACACAAAAGAUCCUAACUGUGCUAAUGAGAAUAAAAGGAUGUAAAUUGUGCUUUGAA